AUGGCUCUAGAAAAGGCAAUGCCAUUCCAGCAGGAGCGCAACAAGGAGGCUAUAGAUGCGUACGCUCAGAACUACGGGGCACACAGGGAGGGUAUAUCGAUGAAGGAAAUGGCAGAGUACUACACAAAGUGGGCGAAUACCGAUAAAUAUGAAGUGGAUUUAGGACCAGUGCGAUAUAAGGGCCCAGAGCUUGCUGCAGAAACUAUAUGUGAACUAAUCAAAGAGAAUCGAGAAAAUGUCAGGGUGUUGGAUAUUGCCGCGGGAACUGGCUUUUUAGGACAAAUGAUUUGGAAAAAGGGGUUCCGCUUAAUUGAUGGGUUAGAUCCUGCGGAAGGAAUGUUAGAAGCUGCCAGGAAAAAAAAGGUGUAUGCCAACCUCAUCUGUGAUUUCUUGACUGAAAAGAAGUUGGAUAUCGAGGAAGGCACAUACGAUGUUGCUGUCACCGCUGGUGGUUUUGGGGAAGGACACAUACCAUGCAACGCCGUACACGAAAUGAUCCGUAUUGUAAAGCCUGGUGGUUAUAUUGUCAACGUAAUGAAAGAAAGAUACCUCGAAAUCGUGAGUGAUUAUAAAGACAGACUGGAACCAUUAAUGAAAGAAUUGGAAAUUUCUGGCAAGUGGAAAAGACUAUCAAGAAAAGUCAUUCCAAAUUACUUUUUGGAAUACAGCGGUGUCAUAUAUGUAUAUCAGAAGUGCUAAAACUGAAUUACAUUGUUUCAAUAUUCAUAUUACAUUAAUAUUUGCAGAAUAUAUGGGGCAUGUGUAUUUUCGAUGUGGAAUGCUGUUUUUUUUUUUUUUUUUAGCGGAUAAUGUAAAUGAGUAGCGUCACAGGCUUGUAAUAAUUUAGGACUUGGAGGACUUUCUUAUGUCCCGAGACGACUGCAUGGCAUAUGGAAUUUGUGUUUGUUUUUAAACAUCCCCCCUCCCCCCCAAAUAAAACACUCAACAAUAUAAUUAUUGAGAUAAUUCA